GCUCACCUUGCAUGGGGUCAAUGAAUAAAUAAUGAAUUAAUAAUUUUAAUUAACUAGCCACUCCCUCGAACUUGGAGCCGCAAGCAUGUUCUUUAGAAUUUCUUCUCGUUUCACCUCAACAAACUCUUUCUCUAGGUUCUUUAGUCGAAGCAGCAGCAGCAGCAAUGGAAAAAUUUACGAGUUAAGAACAUACGACAUCAUACCAGAAAAACUCCCAACUUUUCUUCAGCUAACAAACUCUCUUUUCCACUUGAGGACUGCUCAUUCUCGUAUGGUUGGGUACUGGACCUCCGAACUGGGAGCUCUGAGCCAAACUGUACACUUGUGGGAGUAUGAUAGUUACACUCACCGAACAAGUGUUAGGAAAGCCCUCUCACAGGACAAAGAGUGGCUUGAAGCUUACGUUAGUAAAUCCUUUCACUGUAUUAAGAACCAAAGCAACGUCACUCUCUCUUUGCUACCAUGGACACCACUCAACGAGGAAAAUACUGAUAAACCAAGAGCAUUUCAGUUAAUUCAAUGCUCGCUCUUGCCUGGACGCUUUAAACAAUGGGAGCAUCAAAUAAGACAAGGCUGGGCAUCAAGACUACGUCAUUCUCAACCAAUUGGAUUCUGGAAAACAGAAUUUGGUCCAGCUAAUAAUGUGUAUGAGCUUUGGGCUUAUGAGAGUUUUGAUGAAGCAAUUGCAGUCAAUGAGAAAGCUUGUUUAGAUGAAGAGUGGAGAGAGGCAGUUUGUCAGGCUACUCUUUAUACUAAGGAAAGUUAUGUUAAAGGCUUGCUGCCAAUAGACAUAUCACCACUGAAAUAAUAAUUGAAAGUUAAUUUUAAUGAUCAUAGAGUGCAACAGUGAUACUAUUUGUUGUUUAAAAUUACAUUACCAGUAUGUAUGAUCAUAUC